CAUGUUAACGCAGUUUAUCAUGGUGUAGUUGCGGUGGCUUGAUUAGUGUAGUCAACGUUUAUAGUUUACUUUCUAAAAACGUUGGGUGUAGUUAACAGAAAAGGGUCGAGCGACUGCAAAACUAGGCAAACGUGCAUUGUUUAUUCGACGGGAAGUGCGUGGCUUUGAACAGAUGGAAAAUAUGAGCCCAAAUCAAGUGGCAUGUCCGCGUUACAUUUGUGAAACGUGCGGCAAGGCGUUCAUAAAAAGGUGCAGCCUGGCGCAUCACAACAGUGAAGUUCAUUCUAUACCGAUGCCUUGGGGUAGCUUCAAAUGCGACCAGUGUCAUAAUGUCAGAUAUAAUCAACGUGAACAGCUCCUCAAACACCUCAUCCAGAUGCACAGAUUUGAGUACAAGUACGAACAGCGACGGUUUCGCUCCUUGCAGGAUUUCUUCCACUGGAAGCAGAAUGAAGAGAGCAGGGAGAAAGUGUGCUUUAUUGCAAGUUCUAGUGGGAAAACACUGUACGGUGGUCGCAUCAAACGGUGGUAUGUGUGCCAUCGGUCUGGCAAUUACAUUCCAAAAGGCAAAGGCCGGAGGCGGCUGAAGUCUCAAGGUAGCUGCAAAAUUAACGCGCAUUGCAUGGCAACGAUGACAACCAUUCAGGACACCCAAACUGGCGUUGUCUCGCUUGUCUACCAGAAGCAUCAUUACGGGCAUGACAUAGACCUAGGCCACUUGCGAUUAAACAAAGAGGAGAAGCAAGUCAUUGCGCAGCAACUUGCUCAAGGCCUACCUGUUGACACUGUGCUCAAAAAUGUAAAGAAAUCUCUUGGGAGGGAGCUCCAGAAGAUACACCUGAUCAGCCGGAAGGACCUCAACAAUAUUGCCAGGCGUUACCUUGGAACGACAUUGACGCGGCUUCAGAAGGAGGGACCAAUUACACCAUACGUAAAAGAUGUGAAGCUGGAACUGCCAUCAGAAUCAUCCAAUAGUUGUUCAUAUGAUGUGGACCAAGACAUAGACGAGUCCGCCAACCACGCUUCUGCAGGAAAUAGAAAUGCUAUUGUUGACCUUCCCACUGUUGUAUUCCAGAGCGACAGCCAGCUUCCACUGGCACCUCUUGUCAUCGGCCAGCAGAGCAGUGCACCGUUGGUCUUCACGUCCCUGGUUUCCGCUGCUCAGAAUGGGAACGUCUUCAUUUUGAGCAAUCCUGGAACCACUGUGCAAAGCAGAAAAAACUUGAUAUUACCUUCUGUUAGAGGCAGUGAAGCAAGAGGAAGCAGUACUCAACAGAGCCUAUUGAAGUGCAAUACCACCAAUGACUUCGAAUCAGUGAGGAGGCUUUGCUCCAUUAGUGACUCUACCAAUCAUAACCGUUCAGAACGAGUGAGCCAGGCAAAGAAGAGUGUCUUGGAAGCAGUCCAUGAGCUGCAUGCGAAGAUCAACAAAUAUUCUGGGAGUGAUGACAAGUUAAAUCAUCUGGAAACGGAGAUCCGAGGCCUCACUCAUUUCCUUGACUUUGGCAUGGUUAGUAGGGAGCCUGUGGACUGUGGUGCAAUGGAAGAAGUUAGUUUCGAUAGUGACGGUGAGGAGCCCCGACACCAGGAUUCAUCGGAGGGACAACGUGCAGUUGUCACAGAGAAGAAAAGCAAGAUUCAUAGGCAGGACCAUGUGUACUCAAAGCAGAGUGAAUGAGUGGAGUGUGUUAAUGUGUGCAUAUGCCUUCACCCGGUGUUGCCUUGGAGGAGUUGUUGAUGUCGAGUCAAGAGAUACUUCAUGAAUAUGUAUAUCCUGUCUCAAGGAUGAACAUGCAGGGCAUGUGGAAGCCGAGUUAUCUCUAAGCUGUACAGUAGCGUUGCUAGUGCAAUAUCUUUGCUACCAUGUUCUUGAGAGUAGUAAGUAUUGCCCGUCACGCCACCAACUUUGCAGAGUCACAGAGGUGCACGAUAACUUGGAUAGAUUUCAGCUCUGGUCAUGUGUGCAGCGUCUUGCACACGUUUAACGAAGUAUGUCCUAUGUUUCAAGUUGGAGUAGUUCUAGCUCGUACAUUCAACCGUUUGAUCAAAGUGGUAUACAAUGUAUAUGUUGAGUUGCAGUGUGUCACUAGCUUCUGAACUAUUAAGUUGCUAGGAAUGCAACAUAUCACUGCGAGUUCCCUUGUUUUUUUUGUUUUUUUUACCUCCUUCAUUUAUACCACAUUUUUUUUCCUUAGGCUGUAAAAUAUACAGUUUCUUCUCGAAA